AUGCUAGUACUAAGUGAUAGCGAAUCCUCCGCCAUGAUGGCAUCUUCUGAAGCUUCCGCAGCUCCGGUUGGCUCCCAGUGCCAGUCGCCUCAUUGUAUGACUCCCGGAGUAUGUCAGGAGUACGCCUCAACAUCUCCGUGCAGCUCUGCUCAGGUCAAACAGCGUGGCCUAGUGUCUGGAGGCACCAGAACUCCCACAUCUCCAGGGGCAUCGCACGCCAGCCGUCAGUGGGACAUCAAUGACAGCACGCUGCCAAUGCCCGACUCGCCUGACCCCUUUGACCUAUGGCCAAGUGGACAUUACCGUCGCGUGUAUCGAGCAGACAGUGACGACGCUCGCAGACACGUCAGUGGCUGGGCCAUGAGAAACACCAACAACCACAACGCGCUCAUCCUAAAGAAGUCUUGCCUCGGCGUCCUCGUGUGUUCCCUCGACUGUCUCCUCGAUUCCGGCAUCAAAGUCCAUCUUAGACCAGCCAUCUGCGACAAGGCUCGGCGGAAGCAAAUCGGAAAACCGUGCCCUAAUGUGGGAUGCACUGGCAAGUUGACCCUGCUGUCGUGUCGAGGUCACUGCGGUUACCCAGUGACCCACUUCUGGCGGCACGUGAACAACGCCGUUUACUUCCAGGCCAAAGGUUACCAUGACCACCCACGGCCAGAGGUCAAGUCUUUGACAGAUAAAGGCAGACAGGUGUUUUCCAAACAAAUGUGUCAUGACAGGAACCGAAUCUUGUCUGCACUAGGGAAGCGUCGCUUUCCCUUGUUGAGCAGCGAGGACACGUUUGAGAAGAAGAUCCUCAUAUCUGAGAAAGAUGAGGUCAUGUGUUCCUGUCCCCCAUUUGAAUGCAUGUGCUCGAACUCUGCACCUCACAGAAACUUCUUGGCAUCUCCGGCGUUUAGUCACAUGGCCAGUCGGACACCCGCUAGUCAUAUGUCAAAGAAGGAACAUUUAGCCCACCUGCCAAUUACACAAAUCAAUAUCACCAACAACUGUUUACCCUCAUCUACCUUGGACGCCAGCAUCCCCAACAUCGAAAUAUACCAGAACUACCCUUCUUACAAUCCGGGUAAUUACUACCACGAUAGCGAUGUAAAGUUAUUCAAAUACAACAACGACAGCCUACACUAUCCGCAGUCACACGAACAGCAUUUUUUAAGGUAUCCGUUCGAUAAUUUGAGAUCCUCGCAUGUCCAAAAUUUGCCAAGUUUAGUGGGAUCUCAAACUAUUGACUACCCAGCUCGUAAUUUUGAUGGCGGUGUGGGAGCCAGGAUGUGUUCUAGUAUGUCAGUUAACGACUGUAGGGGUGACUGCAGCAGAUGUAGGAUAAAUCAGUCUGUAUUGAAAAGCCGAGGUCACAGAACGAGUCCUAGCGACGAAAGUCCAACUUCAGCUUUUGUUUUUAAAACAGAGCCUGUGGAAACUGCAUUGGCAAGAGUUGAAUCUUCGUUGUCUGACGUUGAGAAUCCAGGUUUCCAGCCAGAGUCUUUUUACGGUCCACUUUCAUCCGCUUUUUAUGCUGAUCAUCUGUUAUCGCCAAAACCAGCUGAAGUUUACUCUAAACCGGAACACUCACCUGAUCCAGCCAUGAGAGACCAAAACAAACCAGAAGAGCCAACUUACAUCACUUUAACAUCCCCUCAAGUGUAUCGAGAAUUUCACUCUUGCAGACUUGUCUGUCCAAACAGAUCUCCAGCCUCAUCGUUGGACGCUUCUGUAUACCCCGCACCCUCUCAUGAACCUUCUCAAAUAGACAUAAACAACGCAUCGUUUGAUUCCUCUACGGGAUUGAUUCCACGCCAAGAAAAUCGCAAUGAAGACUACGCCGAAUCGUCUCCACGGGCAUCACCGACCAUGCCUCAUCUUCUCUACCAUGACAACUCUACGAGCAUCCUCAGUAGUUGUCCCAGAAACAAUACAUUCCAUCUUCCUAUUGGUGCUUACUACGAGCCUAGCACAGCCCCGAUCUUAUUGGCCAACGAAAGUCACAUGGUGCCAUCCAACAGUGCAGUUUACGGAGAAAGUUCCAACACGCCCUAUGGAUUUUACUGCAGCGAUAAGUUAAAUACACAAAGUUCACAAAAUUACAGAAACCGUAGCAUUAACAUUACGUUAACGUAUAAUUAA